AUGGAAUCUCCAACAGUUGCUCUUAUUACAGGAGCCAAUGGCGGGAUUGGCCGUGCCGUUGCCGAAAUCUUAGCAGCGGGCCACCACUACCACGUCGUCAUCGGAUCUCGGAGCCUUGCUGCCGGCCAAUAUGUAGCCGAAUUCCUGAAGUCUCGUGGUCUGCUCGCGUCAGCUAUACAACUCGAUCUCACGGUCGACGCAGACAUACUUGCUGCUGCCGCCUAUAUUUCAGAAACAUUUGGCAAGCUCGAUGUUUUGGUCAACAACGCCGCUGUACACUUUGACGUGAGGCACAGCCUCUCCGUCCGCGAGCAGUGGACGUCCACUUUCGCCACAAACGUCGUCGGCACUGCCGUCUUGACCGACAAACUCUUAUCGCUUCUCCGCAAGUCCGAAUUCCCGCGGAUCGUCUUCGUCAGCUCUACUAAGGGAUCGAUGGGCGCGGCGCUAGACACCACCUUGGCGUUCCAAGACCUCGCAUUCAAUCCGUACGAUGCCAGCAAGGCCGCGGUCAACAUGUUGACUGUCGGCUAUGCCAAGGUACUGAAAGAGGUUGGAGGAGUUGCGAAUGCUGUCUGCCCAGGAUUGGUCGACACCCAGAUGACAGCAUCUAUGGGCGAAGAGAUCUUGGCAAGUCAUGGGGCUGCCUCGCCCGAGCUGGGCGCUAGGAGAAUUGUAGAGAUGGCUACGUUGGAGAAGAGAAGUGGGGUGUCAGCGACAUUUUCGAGUAGAAAUGGGACUAUUCCUUGGUAA